AUGGUAAAUAUUAGUGACAGUGCUAUUGAAAAUAUUGGAAAAGUUUUAAAUGACCCCAAGAGACCUAUGAAAGAACGUUUUCGGGCUCUGUUUUCGCUGCGAAACUUAGGAGGUGAAACCGCAAUAAAAUGUAUAAGUGAGUGCUUUACAGAUGAGUCGGUACUACUAAAACACGAACUAGCUUAUUGCCUUGGUCAAAUGCAAGAUGUAAGGGCAGUGCCUAUUCUUAAAAGUGUUUUAGAAAACAAAAAUCAGGAUCCAAUCGUUCGCCAUGAAGCUGGCGAGGCAUUAGGAGCUCUUGGUGCUCCAGAGUUACAAGCAAUUCUUGAAAAAUAUCAGAAUGACUCUGCAAUAGAAGUAGCAGAGACAUGUCAAAUAGCAUUACAAAGAUUAAAGUGGAUUGCUGCAAGAAACACACGUGAAGAGAAUUUAUCACAGAGUCGUUAUGCGUCGAUAGAUCCCGCUCCCCCGAGUGAAGUAACAGAUGUUGAGGAGCUGAGAAACACAAUGAUGGACGAGAGUAAAAGUUUAUUUGAAAGGUAUAGAGCGUUGUUCAGUUUACGUAACUUGGGAACAACGGACAGUAUUAAUGCGCUGGGUGAAGGCCUGAGAGCGAGCAGUGCCCUAUUUCGUCAUGAAGUAGCCUUCAUAUUUGGUCAGAUGCAAGAUGAGCGCAGUGUACCUUUCCUCAAAAAGACUUUAGAAGAUACAGCAGAGCAUGAAAUGGUUCGCCAUGAGGCAGCAGAGGCACUCGGUUCUAUAGCUACAGAUGAAUGCACAGAAGUAUUAAAAAGGUAUCUUCAUGAUCCUCGUCCUGUCGUUCGAGAGAGCUGCGAAGUGGCACUGGAUAUGUCUGAAUAUGAGAAUAGUCCGGAAUUCCAGUAUGCUAAUACCUUGCUGACCGUACAGAGUUAAUUUUAAAAUUUGUUUAUUAUUAUGUAAUUUAUAUAUACAUGGUCAAACCACAAAUCUUCAUAUUAUAAUAU